AUGUGGGAGUUUUUGAUAAGUAAUAACUAUGAGGUCUUCGGAGUAGAUCAAUUCAAAUAAAGAUUUAUUGAGGAUCUAAGAGAUGAAGUGGUCUAGCUAAAUAGAAUUGGCAAAAAUGCUUCUUAGUCUAUGCAAUAUCUUAGAAAUUCAUUUAAUGGAUUAGCAUUGAUACUUGAAUGGUAUGAAUGGCAUUCAAAUACUGGUAAAGGCUUCAAAUAUUCUUAGAAACCUGUCAAGUUAAAUAGUAAAGCUUCAAAUGAUAGCUUACCAAACUAAUUUCUAAAAAAUUUAAGUAAUCUGUAAAUUCAGGCUCCAAGUGAAAGUGAAUAAGAUAACUAAGAUAAAGGUAAUCCAGCUAAAUUUUUAGAGGAAGAGAAAGAAAUUAAAAUUUAGAAUGGAAAAUUAGAUAAGAUUUAUACGAUUAAUUAAUCUUAUGUGAGGUUUUAAUAUAUAGGUCUUGCAACUAUCUAAGGUCCGAUAGAUGAUAAGUUUAAAAUAUAAGAUAUGCCAGAUCUAUUUUAUAUUCAAGAUAAUAAUAUUAAGUACUUAUGCUUUGGUGGAGAUAAGCAUGCCCUUAUCAAUCAUCACUAUUAAAAGUAUUUGACUUCUAAACAAUACUUUGAUUUCUCAUUACAAACUUAGGUAAAGGUUACAAUUUUAAAACAACAAAAUGAGAUUUAAUCUAAUUUCUACUUUUGUAUAGAAUAAGACAAAUUAAGAGUUAUUAUUGUCGAGUAAUUAGAUCAUGAUAGAGAUAACUCAAUCUAUAUUGAUAUUUAAAUACCAUAGUCUCGUUAACCUGAGCUAGAAAUUGAGGUAUUGGGUCCGAGAUAAUGGCAGUAUUUUAUAAAUGAUGAAUUUCAUGAGUUGAUUCUAAUUUAGGAUGAAAGCUUUAAUCCAAUAUUAAACGAGAUAUAUGAUAAUUGUAAAUAGCAAAACGCUGAUUAAACAUUAUGGAUUAUUAGGGGUGAUAGGAAGUAGCUUUAUGGAUGUAUUGCUCCUGAAUGCAAGCCAUUUGCAGUAGAUCCUUUUACUAAAAAUGUAUUUACAUAUUCUUUUAUCCAAGACAAAUAUAUGGAAUAUUGGCAUCUAAUCAAGACAUUUAAAUUCCCUAAGAACCUAGACGAAAAAUAUACCUAAAUUAACGACUUUACUUGUACUGAGAUAUUAGACGAGGAUAGCCUUGAGUUCUAAUAUACAGCAUUUAAAUUCUUAAAAACAUAUACUGGUAGAGACUAGAGAUUAGAUGAAGUUUAAGGAACUGUCUAAAUAAUGAACUAAGAAAUAUCUUAGGUAGAUCUUUCGAGCAUAAAAGAAAUCAAAAAGAUCUAUAAUAAGUAAAUUUAUCAGACAAUUAAAAGUGAACUGAAAAGAAUAAUGAAAAAGCAUCCUUAAAUGUUUGGACUAAAUCUAAUUAAACACUUAUUCCAUGGUACAAGGCAAACAGAUCCAAAAGAUAUCUACUCAUUUGAAAGUGGUUUAGAUAUGAGAUAUGGCAAUGAUGGAGCAAAUGGGGUAGGCUUAUAUUUCGCAGAUAACUCUUAAUAUUCUGCAUAAUAUUCUUACAAAAACAAUUAAGAUAAGUAAAUAUUUAUGUGUACUGUCAUAACUGGCUUAUCUUCUACCUUAGGUGGGGGAUAGGGAGCUCGUUUGCCUGCAGCUAUACCAGGUAAGCAAGGUGCUCUAUAUGAUUCAUUUAAUAAUGGUAACGGUGGACAUUAUGUAAUCUAUGAUAAUCAAAAAUCAUACCCAGGAUAUCUUAUUACUUUUUGA